AUGCCAAAUUCAAUGAGUGAUUUAGCUGCUCGAAUGAAUCAACGAAAGCAGCGUCUUCAAGAAGAACAAGAAAAUUUUGAUCGAAAACGUAAUAUUUACUCUCAAAAUCCUGAUGGAAUUAGUGAAGUUUCUGAAAUAGAAUCAAGUCGGCAAGCUCCGAAACCUAAACAACGGCAUCAUCGCUCAUCAACAAAAAGUCCAUUUGAUGAUGAUAGUUCAUUACAAUUCGGUUAUAAUGAUAAAAAAUCUCAUUCAACAACAACAACUUCAUCAAGUACACCACGUCAACCAAAUAAAUUUGUUAAAAAAUCAACAGCAAUACCCACUGCUACAACAGAAAAACUUAGUGUAACACAUUCACCACGAGAUAUUUCAUCACCUCGAGUAUCAACAAAAAAAACUUCAGAUAAAAAGCCUCAACAACCAUCAUCAACUGGUCUUCUUGCUCAAUCAUCACUUUUAGCUCGUGCUGCACAUCGACAACAAUUAUAUGCUAAAGGUAUUGAAUUAGAACCAGGUGCAUUUGAUCAAGCCAAUGAUGAAGAUGAAUCAAGUUCAGAUGCAACAACAACAAGUGGUUCAAGAAAUUUAUUUCGCUCUGGAAAAAAAAAUUUUCUAAAAAAAACUGCAACUACUACACCUGCUAAUCAAGUACCAGAUUUACAACAUCUUGAUAGUGAAACAAAUAGCAGUGAUCGAGAAGGAAAAAGAAAUAAACAUAACAAGAAUAGACGACCAUCUUCAGUGCUCGAUACGGAAGAUGAUUCAUUAUUAGAUUUUGUUGGUGAUGGUUCUUCGAGCGAAGGUCGAAAAACACCAACUUUAACACCAAGAAAAAGCAUUUUAAAAUCACCGAAAGAUUUUAUUCCAAAAAAAGAAAUUGAACAUUCUGUGCAAUUUUCUGAAAAACUAGUUACAGUUCAAACUGAUGAAGAAGAACGUACAUCAACCCCAAUAAAAACUUCACGUUCAACAACUCCACGACGUGUACAAAUUGUUAAAAAACCUUCAAACGAUGAUGAUGCUGAUAUAGUACCAUCUGAAACAGAAUCAAUAUCAACAGCUAUUGAUGUUAUUGAUGAUGAUUAUAAUAGUAUUCCAUUUAGUGAACAUAUUAGUGAAUCACCAGUCGAUAAUAUGUUUGCAAAUUUAGUUUUGAAUAAUGAACCAUUAAUAGAAUCUGUUAUUAAAAAAAAAUCUCCUCGAAUAACAACAAAAAAACCGUUAUCACCAUCAAAUAAAAUUCAUCAUAAACAGCGAACAAUAUCAGAUAUUAGUGAUGAUGAAAGUACAAAAGUUGAAGACAUUCCUGAAGAACAAACCGUAAUUAAUUAUUCGGAAGAUUUUUCAUUAGUAACAACAGAAACUUCAACACCAAGACCAUCAAAGCCUACAAAUAUUCAUAUAGAAAAACAAAUACCAACUAUGAGAAAAGUUUCAACCGAUGAUCAACAAGUGCAAGUUGAUUUAACAUCAGCUCCGUUUCAAUCAUCGUUAAAUCAAGUUCAUUCAAUUUAUUUAAUUAAUCAAAAUGAUUUAAAUGAAACUCGUCCAUCAUCACUUAUUCGAUCUGUUGUUGAACCACAUAUUCUUCAAUCUCUUCUAACAACAAAUCCUGUUCUAUUAGCUGUUGAUGAUUUAAUUCGAGAACAAAGUUCUCUAUUACGAUCAUUUAUUCAAUUACAACGUACAUAUUAUGAAUCAACAAUACGAAGUAUACGACCUGAACAUGUUUAUGUUACUAAAGAUAAUACACUACAACUCAUUGCCGAUCAACAACAAUAUCGAAUGCCUUUCCAAUCAAAUGAUGAUUCAAUUACUAAUUGA